UCGGUAGAUUUUCCUCUUUAUUCUACACUGGCCGGAUUCUCGCCGAUAUCGCUGGUAAUAUAAAUCUUGCAGACGACUGACUGCUCCUCAGAUCUCCUAAAGAUUAUUCGUUACAUUUUGAGAAGGAUCGGAUUAGUAACCAGCCGCAAACUAAUAGCUGCGAGUAAUGUAGAAGGAGCGGGAGAUUCAAAAUAGGGACCGUUACAGUGUUCAGCCAAUCAGCGGAGGGAGAGGGAGGAGCCAGGAAUGUAAAUUCUGUAAAAAUAAACGCCCCGGAAGUCGUCAUUGUUCUCUGUCCGCUCCUGUGCUAUAUAAGCCGGACUCUGCCGCACUCGGUAUCUUGCAGUCUACUCGCUACAUAGAGAAGAUGUCUGGACGCGGUAAAGGAGGGAAAGGUCUCGGUAAGGGCGGAGCCAAGCGGCACAGGAAGGUGCUCCGGGAUAACAUCCAGGGCAUCACCAAGCCUGCCAUCCGCCGUCUAGCUCGCAGGGGAGGUGUGAAGCGCAUCUCCGGCCUCAUCUAUGAAGAGACUCGCGGUGUCCUGAAAGUCUUCCUGGAGAACGUCAUCCGUGACGCCGUCACCUACACCGAGCACGCCAAGAGGAAGACCGUCACCGCUAUGGACGUGGUGUACGCCCUCAAGCGCCAGGGCCGCACUCUCUACGGCUUCGGAGGUUAAUUCUGCUUCUACUCGGCUCCAUCACAUCAACCCAAAGGCUCUUCUCAGAGCCGCCCACAUGUUCUAUGGAAAAAGCUAGAGUUCCUUGUGUCUGCACUGCUGUGUAUCUGUCGUAGUGGUCUAUUAUAUCUAUUAUAAUCUAUUAUCUCUAUAGUUAACGUGGUUGGGAUGAAAGGGCUAUAGAAGCUGUAUAAGGAGAGAACCCGUUUUGGGGAUUUACUAGGACUUAAUAUCAAUGGCCCGAGUUGUGUCCUGUCAUAUAGAUGACUAUUGGCCGAUGUGUAUAGUGACAGGGAAACUAGUAGCAGUUCGGGUGGGAGGUGAUGUGAUUCUAUAUAGAGCCAUGAAUAUAAUAGGAUGUGGAGACUCCUUCCCCUGAACAUGUGGAGGGACCGUAGAAUGUAACAUUACAUGGCCC